CAUUCCUUCCUUAUUUUGAAAAAUUAUUAUUUAUUUUUUUAUUUUUUAUAACAAUUUUACCCUCUCGAGUCUCGAACCUCACCAUUUCAAAAAUGAAAUGGAGAGGAUCCUUCUCCACCUCACUAAACACCACCACUUCCUCGUAACCUCUCCCCUUACUGAGAAAACCCCUCCCCUUCCAUAACCAAAUCUCUUAAAGCUCCCAUCACCCACAUUUCAUCUACUCGAUUUUCACUAUACACAGCUUCCUCUUCACUGGAAGUCGCAAACACCUUCACAAUCAACGCCCCAAGAGGCGUUGUAUAACCAAAUUCGCAGAUUUCGGUUCAGCUAGACUAGAAUCAAGAACAAGCAGGUGGUACCUCAAGUUGAGAUACUCAUAGCUGAAAGUUGGAGUGAGUUCUUGGAGUCUAAUUAGAAGUGGAGGUUUCAAUAAUUUAAAGGUGGACCUUGAAAGAAGCUUAAAACUAAAAGAGGAGCUAAAAUUGGCAGCAUGGAUGCGCAAGAUUUUGCUGAUACUUCACAACUGAAGCCAUCUGUUGUUUUAACUGGAACAGCAAAGGAAGGUAGUGCCGCACCUCCUAUCGGUCUUGUUGACAUUGGCACAAGUGAGAGUGCCUAUCUCUUUCGAGUUGCACUUCCUGGUGUCUGUAAGGAUCAAUCAGGUAAGGUAAAAUGUGAGAUCCAACGUGAUGGGAGGGUUCAUAUAGAAGGAGUUAUAACUGGUGGAGUUCUGAAAGACUCAUCAACUGUAUACCUGAUGAAAGUCCAGGAACUAUGUCCACCUGGACCAUUCACCAUUUCUUUUAAUCUGCCUGGACCAGUAGACCCCCGAUUGUCUUCUCCAGCUUUCCGGCCUGAUGGCAUCCUGGAAGUGGUAGUUAUGAAAAAUAGAACACCGCCGCUAGCUGCCACGUUCCCGCCUCCAUGAGCUUUAUGCACAGAGUUGCUUUCUUUUUGCUUUGGGGAGGAAGGCUUUGUGACACACGGAUAUACAUGUUUGCAAAAAUCAACUGGUUUAAUUUCGUGUAUCAAAGAUUUAAGGCAUUAUGCAUAUGAAUAUUCACUUUGUUUUAAAUGGAUGCUCAAUUAAGAGCUAAUUGAAUGAAUUUGGUCAGUGUUAUUUGUUA